ACCCCCCGCCGCCAAGUAGUGCGGGAGCGGCGGCGGCGGCGCUCCCCCCUCCCCGGCCGCGGGCCCCCCCCCACCUAGGGCACAGCGCGGCGGCUCCCGGUGGGGCGGGCGGGGCGGGGCGGGGCGGGGGCGGGCGGCGGGACCUACUUUCCUCUGGAAAUGGCCGCGCCGGGGAGCACCGUCCGCCCCGCGCCCCGAGCCCCGACGGCGUAGGGCGGCCGCGGGGCCGCGGGCCUCCCCCGAGGGUCGCCGGAGGCAGGAUGGAGGAGCAGAGGCUGCCCAGCGAGGAGAAGGACGCAGAGGCUGCCGCCCAUGGGGCUGUGGCCUCGGAAGAGAUGGGCAGCGGGGAGGGGGACCCCCUGAAACCCCCCGAAGAAGCUUCUGCGGGGCUGAAGCUGGAGAGCAAGGACACGAAGGGACCCCCCCCGGCUGGCAGCACCCCCCCUCGCCGCUGUGCCCUCUGCAACUGUGGGGCCUGGAGCCCGCACGGGCAGCAGGAGCUGCAGCGCUUCGAGCCGGCUGCCGACUGGCACCAGCAGCUGGCAGGGCACCAGCCCAGCCCCGGGGGGCCCAGCCAGCCCCCCCCGGAGCUGGAGCCCCAGGUGGGCGACGACCUGGCACAGGUUGGCUUCUCGGAGCAGGUGACUCCAGCGCAGCUCUUCGAGCCCACAGGGCACUGCUGGGCCCACCGCUGGUGCGCAGCCUGGGCAGUGGGGCAGGAGGUGGCCGGAGCCGGGGUGGGCACCGCUGUUUUCUCAGGGAUCUCACAGAAAUGUGAACGCUGCCAGCGGGCAGGGGCCUCCAUCCCGUGCCGGGCAGCAGGGUGCCCGCGGCUCUACCACCUGCCCUGCGCCGCCGCCGCCGGCUGCUUCCAGGCCCCCAGGAGCCUGCGGCUGCUGUGCCCUCAGCACCUGGCACAGGCCCUGCAGAUGGAGGACGCCAGGUGCGCGGUGUGCCGGGGCCCGGGCGAGCUGCGCGACCUGGUGCUGUGCGCCGGCUGCGGGCACCACUACCACGGCGCCUGCCUGGGCAUCGCCCUGGCGCCGCCGCGGCGCUGGGGCUGGCGCUGCCCGGAGUGCAGAGUGUGCCAAGCCUGCAGGCAGCCCGGCGAGGACUCGCUGCUGGUGUGUUGGCAUCCCCCCCCCACAGCGAGCCUGAGCCGGAGCCUGUGGGCAGUGAGGAGGAGACGCAGCCGGGGGGGGGACCCCGGGGAGGCCUCCCUAGGCCCUGGCAGGGCUCCUCCUGCCGACCCCACCCCCGGGGAGGCGCCCCCUGACGUGGAGCCCCCUCCCCUCCUGGAACCCCCUGAUGUGGAGCCCCCUCCCCUGAUGGAGCCCCCCCACGUGGAGCCCCCUCCCCUCGUGGAACACCCUGACAUGGAGCCCCCUCCCCUCGUGGAACUCUCUGACAUGCAGCCCCCUCCCCUCAUGGAACCCCCUGACGUGCAGCCCCCUCCCCUUGUGGAGCCCCCUCCCCUCAUGGAGCCCCCUGACGUGCAGCCCCCUCCCCUCGUGGAGCCCCCUGACGUGCAGCCCCCUCCCCUCAUGGAGCCCCCUGAUGUGGACCCCCCUCCCCUUGUGGAGCCCCCUCCCCUCAUGGAACCCCCUGACGUGGAGCCCCCUCCCCUCGUGGAGCCCCCUGACGUGCAGCCCCCUCCCCUCAUGGAGCCCCCUGAUGUGCAGCCCCCUCCUCUGGUGCUGCCCUCUGAGGAGCCCCCACCCCCCAUGCUGCCCCCCGAAGAGCCACCCCCUGACCAGCUGCCCCCUGAGAGCCCCCCCCUGGACGAGCCCCCCCUCGACCCUGCCCCCCUCAAGGAGCUGCCCCCUGCUGACGAGCUGCCCCCCGAGCCCUCCCCCCUUGAGGAGCCCCCUCCCAACGAGCUGACCCUUGAGGAGCCCCCCCCCAAGGAGCUGCCCCCCAGCCAAGCCCCCCCUGACCAGCUGCCCCCCGAGGAGCCUCCCUCCGAAGUGCUGCCCCCCGAGGAGCCUCUCCCUGCUGAGCUGCCCCCUGCAGAGCCCCCCCCCAGCCAGCUGCCCCCCCAGGAGCUCUGCCAGGAGGACCUCAAGCCCCCAGGUCUCCUGCCCGAGGUGGCCAUGGCAGAGGAAGCUCCAGCCCUGGCCCCCGAGCUGCCCCCCGAGGAGGAGAUGGAGCUGGAGCCGCAGCCUUCGCUGUGCCCUGAGGCCGCUCCCCCGCCCCCAGCUCCUCCAGACCUCCAAGCUGUCUCUCCUGCCCACCCCCCAGACACCGAGGAGGAGGAGGAGGUGCCCGAGCUGCCCACCCCAGCCCUGCCCGGGCCCCCUGGCAGCCCCCCCACCGCCAUGGACACCGAGCCCCCCCCCGGCUCCCCGCCGCCCCCCCUGGGCUCCCCGGCCUGCAGCCCGGCCCCCGCCAAGCCCCCCGAGGACGAGGAGAUGGAGACGGGCGGCGAGGGGGAGUCCCCGGGCAGCCCCCCCGCGGCAGGGCUCCGCAGCAGCCCGGCCCAGGAGCUGGGACCCUCCCCGGGCCCGCCCGAGGAGGAGGAGGAGGAGGAGGAGGAGGAAGCUCCGAGGCUGGAGCGGGAGGGCGCCGGCGGCAGCUCCCCCCCCCUCAGCGAGGAGGAGGAGGGCCGGGCCGGGGGGGACCCCGAGGCCAAGGGCUCCCCCCUGGCGCUGGAGGAGCUGCGCCCCGGCACCCCCAUGGAGGUCUGCGGCGCCGCCGGGAAGCUGCCGGGCGGGGGGCAGGAGGGGGCCGCGGAGCCCCCGGCCCUGCGCCCGCGCCCGGACCUGCUGCACGAGAUCUCCAACCUCAGCCAGGGGGACACCAGCAGCAGCUUCCCCGGCUCCGAGCCCCUGCUGGGCUCCCCCGAGGGGGGGGGGUCGCUGUCGCUGGAGCUGGGCCCCGGCCUGCAGAAGGAGGAGGCAGGGUCCCUGCCCCUGGGCGCCGAGACCGACGACUCGCUGCUGUUCGAGCCGGGCCCCAAGGGCGAGGGGGAGCGCGAGAAGGGGCGGCGGCGCGGCUCCCCGGGGCGCUCCCGGGGCAAGCAGGGGCGCAGCAGCAGCUUCCCCGGGCGGAGGCGCCCCCGGGGGGGGUCCCACGGGGGCCGGGGCCGGGGCCGUGCCCGCCUCAAGUCGACCACCUCCUCUGUGGACACCCUGGCACUGGCUGAUGUGGAGAGCUCCCCCAGCAAGGAGGAAGAUGAGGAUGAUGAUGACACCAUGCAGAACACUGUGGUCCUCUUCUCCAACACCGACAAGUUUGUGCUGAUGCAGGACAUGUGUGUGGUGUGUGGCAGCUUCGGGCGCGGGGCCGAGGGGCACCUCCUGGCCUGCUCCCAGUGCUCCCAGUGCUACCACCCCUACUGCGUCAACAGCAAGAUCACCAAGGUGAUGCUGCUGAAGGGCUGGCGCUGCGUGGAGUGCAUCGUCUGCGAGGUCUGCGGCAAGGCCUCCGACCCCUCGCGCCUGCUGCUCUGCGACGACUGCGACAUCAGCUACCACACCUACUGCCUCGACCCCCCGCUGCAGACCGUGCCCAAGGGGGGCUGGAAGUGCAAGUGGUGUGUUUGCUGUGUGCAGUGUGGGGCAGCUUCCCCUGGCUUCCACUGCGAGUGGCAGAACAACUACACCCACUGUGCCCCCUGUGCCAGCCUGGUGGUGUGCCCCUUCUGCCGCCAGAAGUAUGUGGAGGACGACCUCCUGAUCCAGUGCCGCCACUGCGACCGGUGGCUGCAUGCAGCCUGUGACAGCCUCUUCAGCGAGGAGGAGGUGGAGCAGGCUGCGGAUGAAGGCUUCGACUGCAGCGCCUGCCAGCCCUACGUGGUCAAACCAGCUGUGCCUGCACCUCCCCCAGAGAUCCCCUCGGUGAAGGCCAAGGAGCCAGAGCCCCAGUACUUCCGCUUCGAGGGCGUGUGGCUGACGGAGGCAGGGAUGGCAGUGCUGAGGAACCUCACCCUCUCCCCCCUGCACAAGCGGCGGCAGCGCAAAGGGGGUCGCCCCGGGGCCCUCAACGGCGACGGGGGGCUGGAGGGGGGAGACCCCCUGGGCCCUGAGGACAAGAAGGAUGGGGACCUGGACACUGAGGAGCUGCUGAAGGCUGAGGCGGGUGUGGAGCACAUGGAGUGCGAGAUCAAGCUGGAGGCUGCGGCCAGCCCCGAGCGCGACCUGGGCGCGGAGCUGGACUCGGGGAAGGGCCUGGAGGACCCUGAGGAGUGCAAGAAGAGGAAGCGCAAACCCUACCGGCCCGGCAUCGGCGGCUUCAUGGUUCGGCAGCGCAAGUCCCACACGCGCCUGAAGAAGGUCCCCGCGGUGCCGCCCGAGGCAGGGCGCGAGGGGCUGGGCGCCGAGGGGCAGCCCGAGGACGGGGCUGCAGGUGACCUCCCAGCCGAGGGGGCUGCGGAUCCAGGCUCGGCAGAGGGGGACGAGAAGAAGAAGCGCCGGGGCAGGAAGAAGAGCAAGCUGGAGGACAUGUUCCCUCCCUACCUGCAGGAGGCCUUCUUCGGGAAGGCUCUGAUGGACCUGAGCCGCAAGGCUCUGCUGGCUGCGGGCGGCGUCGGGGACGGGGGCGCCCGCCCCUCCCUGGGCCAGGGCGCCCCCCGACCCAAGGGGGACCCCAGCCUGGCUGGAGCACUGCAGGGUGCCCCCCAUGACAGGAGAGAGACCCCCAUGCACCCCCGAGGAGAGGACAGCACCGACGGCAGCGCCGCCGCUCCGGAUGACGACGGCAAGGACGACGCGAAGGGCGAGGACCUGGGCACCGAGGAGCCGAAGGACUCCCCGGACCCCGGGGACGCCGAGAAGCCGGCGACGCCGGGCGAGGGCGCGCUGAGCUCCGACCUCGACAAGAUCCCCACCGAAGAGCUGCCCAAGAUGGAGAGCAAAGAUGUGCAGCAGCUCUUCAAGGACGUGCUGGGCUCGGCGGAGCGUGGGGAGCAGCCUCUCAACUGCGUGGCUGCAGGGAUGGAGGCUGGGGGAGCAGGGCAGGACCCCAGCCGGGCACAGAGGCCCUUCCUGCAAGGAGACCUGCAGCUGUCAGGGCAGGGCAGCGUUUCCCUGGGCUCUCUCUCCGGCUCUGUCUCCUUGGAUUCCUAUCCGGGGGUCUGCCAGUCCCCGUUCCUCGACAGCAGGGAGCGAAGUGGCUUCUUCAGCCCUGACCACUGCGAGCCCGAGAGCCCCUGGGCCAGCAGCUCGGCUGCCACCACCCCCUCGACCCCCACGACCCCCACGACGGAGGGGGAGGGCGAAGGCCUCUCCUACAACCAGCGCAGCCUGCAGCGCUGGGAGAAGGACGAGGAGCUGGGGGAGCUCUCCACCAUCUCCCCUGUCCUCUAUGCCAACAUGAACUUCCCCAACCUCAAGCAGGAUUAUCCAGACUGGUCGAGCCGCUGCAAACAGAUCAUGAAGCUCUGGAGGAAGGUCCCCGCCACGGACAAAGCCCCUUACUUGCAAAAGGCCAAAGAUAACCGAGCGGCACAGCGCAUCAGCAAGGUGCAGAAGCAGGCCGAGAGCCAGAUCAACAAGCAGACCAAAGGCGAGGGACUGCGCAAGCCGGAGAGGCCCUCCCUGCACCUGCGGAUCCCGGUGCCCCCCGGGGCACAGCCCCCAGUCUACAUCGGCAGCCCCCCGGCUGGCACCGCCACCGCCGCCUCCGAGGGCUUCCUGAAGCCCCCCGCGGGGUCGGAGUCUCCCAGCGAGCUCUUCCUCAAGCUGCCCCCCCAGUCCCCCGCCCAAGUGCCUUCCCACGAGCCCUACGGCGCGGCCCCUGCCUACCCGCUGGAGCCUCGCUUCCCCUCGCCCCUGGGCCAGAGCCCCACGCCGGGCACUGCCUUCCAGCCCUUCCCCGCCCAGCCCCUCGCCGCCCCCCGCGCCCUCCCCGGCUCUCAGCCCCACGACUUCCACCCCACGCCCCCCGGCACCCCCCGGCACCAGUCCGGCACCCCCGACCCCUUCCUGAAGCCUCGGUGCCCUUCCUUGGACAACCUCUCGGUGCCGGGCAGCCCUGGGGCGCGGCUCCCCGAGGCCCUGCUCUCUCCCCUGCCCUUUGGGGAGCAGAAGAAGGGGCUGGAGGUGAAGAAGGAGGAAGUGGGGGGCCUGGGGGUCUGCUCACCCGGCUACACCCCCACCAUGGGCUACGGGGACUCCCCGGGGGGCCCUCACCUCUCUGCUGCGGAGCUGAAGGCAGCUGACGUCUUCAAGGCCCCCAUGACCCCCCGGGUCCCUCAGGUAGAGCCGCAGAGCCCGGGGCUGGGGCACCGGCCCCCCGACCCCCAUUCCCUGGCCUCCUCGCCCCCCGGGCACCCCGAGCUCUACCGCCAGUCGCCCUACCCAGACCCCUACUCGCAGCCCCCCCUGACGCCCCGGCCGCAGCCCUCCGAGCCCUGCUGCGCCCUCCCCCCCCGCUCCCUGCCCUCGGAGCCCUUCUCCCGCGUCCCUGCCAGCCCCCAGUCCCAGUCCAGCUCCCAGUCCCCCCUCACCCCUCGGCCGCUCUCCAACGAAGCCUUUUGCCAGUCCCCUGUCACCCCUCGUUUCCAGUCCCCAGACCCUUACUCCCAGCCCCCCUCCCGGCCCCAGUCCCGGGACCCCUUCCCCCCCAUGCACAAGCCCCCCCGCCCCCAGCUGCCGGAGCCGGGCUUCAAGUCGGUGCCGCUCUCGCACAGCCCGGCGGCCGCGGGGGGCUUCGUGGGGGGCACCCCGGCGGGCGAGCCUCACCCCAAGGUGCCGGGUGGGCAGCAGCAGCAGCCCCCCUUUGCCCGCUCCCCCGGUGCCAGCGUCUUCCCGGGCAGCCAGGCCCCCCCCAUGCGCUUCACCUUCCCCCCCGCCGUGUCGGAGCCGCUCAAGGGGUCUCCAUCGCAGCAGCCCCACGGCAUCAACAGCCACUUCGUGCCCGGCAAGCCCCAGAGCUCUGCCUACUCCUCCUCCCCUGCUUUCCACCAGGCCGGCAGCCCCCUGGGGCCCGGCGCGGCAGCCGCGGAGCCCUACAGCCUCUCCCCGCUGCGGCCUCCCUCGGUGCUGCCGCCGCAGCCCCCGGCGGCCGCCCAGGACUCCUCUGUCGCCUUCCUGCCCCGAGCCGCCCUGGGGCCGCCGGCCGACAAGAGGGAGGAGGCGGCCGUGGGGCUGUCGGCGCCCCCCAGCCGUGAGCUGGCCGAGCUGCCUGGCGGCCAGGACGGGGCUCUGGGCACCAUGAGCCAGUCGGAGCUGGAGAAGCAGCGGCAGCGCCAGCGGCUGCGGGAGCUGCUGAUCCGGCAGCAGAUGCAACGCAACAGCCUGCGGCAGGAGAAGGAGAGCGCAGCGGCGGCGGCGGCUGGCACCCCCUCGCCCGCAGGGUGGGCUCCUGACGCUGCCAGCCAGGCCUUCGAGCUGGGCAGGGGCAUGGCCCCCUUCCAGCCAGCACAGGACAAGAGUCUCCUCGGGCCGCUGGGCACCGCCGCUGGCGCUGGGAAGCUGCCAGGCUCCGUCAUGGUGCAGGCAGCGUUCGGGCAGGACGAGCGGCUGGCACGGCCCCCCCCAGCAGCCACCCCGGUGGCCCUGGACAUCAACGGGAGGGCGGCGGUGGGGCCCCCCCAGGCCUUCUACCCCCGUGGGGUCUUCCCGGCACAGCCCCCGCAGCAGCACCUCUGGCAGCAGCAGCAGCAGCAGCAGGCGGCAGCCGCGGCCCUGCGGCUCCAGGUCCCCUCCCGCUUCGCCCCGCCCACGGCCGGCACCCCCCUGGGCGCUCGCCUGCCAGCCCCUGCCGACGCGGUGCCCGCCUCGCCCGCCGCCCUGGGCGCCCCCUUCAUCGAGCUGCGGCACAACGUGCAGAAGGGCCCCGGGGGGGUCAUGGGGUCCCCCUUCGCCCCCCAGGCUCCCCGGCCGCGCUUCUUCCUGCCAGGGGACGAGGGCGCCCCCCAGGCCCUCUGCACCCCGGUCAUGCCCAUGCAGGCGCUGCCCACCCCGGCGCUGCAGCCCCAGAAGAUGGCGGCGCCCCUGCCGCCGGCGUCGCCGCAGGGAGCCGAGCUGAGCAACAGCCACCACCAGCCUCAUGCCAAGGCGGUGCCCACCCAGCCGCUGCCAGCCCCCGGCCUGGAGCUGCAGCACCUCCCCCCGCGCCCCCUGGCCUCCGGCUCCGCCCUGCGCCCCGAGCCGCCCAAGGAGGGCACCGCCAGCGCCGCCCCGGAGCCGGUGCCAGCUGCCGGCCCGGGCAAGAGCCACCUGAGCCUGGAGGGGAGCAGGCUGCCCUGCGAGGUGCCAGUGGAGCCCGACCUGGACGACGACUUCGGCUCCCACAAGGACCUGGAAGACGACGACGACGACUUGGCCAACCUGAGCCUGGAUCCCGACGUGGCCAAGGGGGACGACGACCUGGACAACCUGGACAGCCUGGAGGGCGCAGACCCCCACCUGGACGACCUCCUGAACGGGGGCGAGUUCGACCUGCUGGCCUACACCGACCCCGAGCUGGACACGGGGGACAAGAAGGACAUCUUCAACGAGCACCUGCGCCUGGUGGAGUCUGCCAACGAGAAGGCCGAGCGCGAGGCCCAGCUGCAGACCGAGCCCUCGGCGCCCGGCCUCAAGCUGCCCGACCCCCCCGAUGGCAGGGACCCUGCCCCGCCCGCCGAGGACAGGGAGGUGCCCAAGGAAGUGCCCCCCGGGGCGGGCCUGGGAGCCGCCGCCUGCCCGCCGGCCGCCGCGCCGCCCCCCGAGGCGGCUUUCAAGGCGCAGGGCGCGGAGGGCAAGGCGGGCGCGGUGGGCGCGGUGCCCGCCGACGUCAAGCCCAAGCUGGAGGAGGGCUGCCUGAAGACCUCUCCCUGCCAGUUCACCGCCCCCGGCGGCCCCGAGCGGCUGCCGGUGCCCGUCAAGGCCGAGGCCCUGCAGGGCAUGGACAAGAUCUCAGCCUCGCUGGGGCUGAGCCUCAAACCUGGGCAGAGCCUGCUGAGCCCCGGGGCCGGCACGGGGCGCCUGGGCUUGAGCCACUUCCCCAGCGCCGCCCACCCCGGCGUCCCCGUGCCGGAGAAGGAUCCCUACGGCGGCCCCGGCCGCGGGCUGGCGCCUGCCCAGCUGGGCAGCCAGGGCAACCCCUUGCUGGAGAAGUUCGAGCUGGACGGCGGAGCCCUGGGCCUGGGCAGCGCCAGGCAGUCGCCAGCCGACGACCUGGACAAGAUGGAGAGCUCCCUGGUGGCCAGCGAGCUGCCCCUGCUCAUCGAGGACCUGCUGGAGCACGAGAAGAAGGAGCUGCAGAAGAAGCAGCAGAUGUCAGCCCACCUGCCCCGGGGCGCCCCCCACCUGCCGGCCCCGGGGCACCCCCUGCUGCACCCCACGGCGGCUGGGCAGCCCCCCGAGGGGCAGCCCCCUCCCCGCCUGGGCGCCCAGCAGGCUCCUCUCCAGCUGGGGCUGGUGGCCAGGCCGCCGCUGAUGCCGCCUCAGCCCCCCCGGCUGGGCACGCCCCAGCAGGGCCCAGGCCUGACCCCCCACAUGGGCAUGGCCCCCGGGCAGCCCCACGUGCUGGCAGCGCCCCACAACGUGCAGGUGGCCCUGGCGCAGCCGCAGCAGAGCCAGCAGCAGGUGCUGGUGCAGAAGCCGAUGGCUGGGGUGCAGCCCCCGGGCCUGGGCCUGAAGCCCCCUCCCCAGCUCGUCAUGCAGCAGCAGCUGGCCAACAGCUUCUUCCCAGACACAGACCUGGACAAGUUUGCAGCCGAGGACAUCAUGGACCCCAUUGCCAAGGCCAAGAUGGUGGCGUUGAAGGGCAUCAAGAGGGUGAUGGCUCAGGGCAGCAUCGGCGUGGCCCCGGGCAUGAACAGGCAACAGGUCUCGCUGCUGGCCCAGCGGCUCUCGGGGGGCCCAGCCGUGUCCGAGAUGCAGAAUCACCUCCUGGCGGGGAGUGGGCAGGAGCGAAGUGGCACCGACCCGACCCAGGCUCGCCCCAACCCACCCACCUUUGCCCAGGGUGUUAUCAACGAGGCUGACCAGCGGCAGUACGAGGAGUGGCUGUUCCACACGCAGCAGCUGCUGCAGAUGCAGCUGAAGGUGCUGGAGGAGCAGAUCGGUGCCCACCGCAAGUCGCGCAAGGCUCUGUGUGCCAAGCAGCGCACGGCCAAGAAGGCCGGCAGGGAGUUCCCCGAGGCCGACGCCGAGAAGCUGAAGCUGGUGACCGAGCAGCAGAGCAAGAUCCAGAAGCAGCUGGACCAGGUGCGGAAGCAGCAGAAGGAGCACACCAACCUGAUGGCCGAGUACCGCAACAAGCAGCAGCAGCACCAGCACCAGGCCUCGGCCGUCCUGGCCCUCAGCCCCUCGCAGAGCCCUCGCCUGAUGUCCAAGCUGCCUGGGCAGCUGCUGGCGGCGCACGGACAGCAGCCCGCGGGCACCGUGGUGGCAGCGCAGGGCCUCGGCCAGCCAGGGGCACAGGCCGGGGGCCUGCGCCUGCCGCAGGGCGCUGUGCCCAUGGCCGUGCAGCAAGGCCUCUCCUUCAUGGGCCAGCAAGGGGUGGGCAGUGCCCCCCUGCCUGGCAGCUCCAACGCCUUCUUCGGCGGCAACCCAGCGCUCCGUGGGCUGGCAGCCGACGGCCGCCUGAUGCAGGAGAGGCAGCUGCAGAGGAUGCAGCUGGCGCAGAAGCUGCAGCAGCAGAACAUGCUGGGACAAGUCUCACUGCAACAGCAGCAGCAGCCAGGUGUGAUGGGGCAAGCAGCCAUGCAGCAGCAGCAGCAGAGCGUGAUGGGGCAGGCAGCCAUGCAGCAGCCCGGGGUGAUGGCAGCACAGGCAGCCAUGCAGCAGCAGCAACAGCAGCAAGGUGUGAUGGGCCAGGCAGCCAUGCAGCAGGCAGGGGUGCUGGGCCAGCCCUCCAUGCAGCCCCAGGGCAUGAUGGCACAGCCAUCCCUGCAGCAGGCAGGAGUGCUGGGCCAAGGAGCCAUGCAGCAGCCGGGAGUGAUGGCACAGAGCUCACUGCCCGGAGUGAUGCAGCAGCAACAGCAGCAGCAGCAGCCUGGCAUGAUGGGCCAAGGCUCCAUGCAACCAACAGCCAUGGUGGGACAGCCCAGCUUGCUGGGGCAGCAGCAGCAGCAGCCAGCCCCACAGCCUGGCACCGUGGGGCAGCCGAUGGUGCCGAAGCAGCCAGGGCUGAUGGGCAGCCAGCAGAGCCUCCUGGUGCAGCAGCUCUCCCCGCAGCAGCAGCAGCAGCAGCAGCCAGGGCUGCUGGGCCACACGCAGGGCCCUGGGCUGCAGCAGCACCAACCCGUGCUGGGGCACCCCCAGCCCCAGCACCGCCAGGUCCUCCUGGGCCCCCACCAGCAGCGGGUGCUGGGCUCGCCCCAGAUGGCACCGCAGGCCGCGGGCAUGCUGGGGCACCGCCUGGUGCUGUCGCAGCAGCUGGGGCAGUCGCGGGCGCUGCUGGCCCCCCAGCAGCAGCAGAACUCGGCGGGCAGCCAGCCUGGGCUCCUGGGGCUGGGCCAGGGCCAGGCCUCGAUCCAGCACUUUCCGCAGCACGGGGUGGGGGCCCAGGCCCCCUCCGUGCUGCACCUGAGUCAGGGAAUGCAGCCGGCCCCUGCUGCCCUGGCUGCCAAGGACCAGCCCGCGGCGGGGGUGGAUGGCGCUGCCCUGCCCGCCGAGGGCAGCGAGAGCGGGGGGCAGCUGCACGGGGGCGCCCAGGAGCAGCAGGGAGCCCUCAACCCCCUGGGGCUGGGCGGUCCUGAGCCCCCAGCCCCCAAACACCAACCUGAGCUGGGGCAGGGCCAGCAGCUCCUCUUGGCCUCCCCGCAGCAGGUGCUGCGGGCACCCCCCGUGCAGCCUGGCAGCCUGCUCCCCUCUGCCGCCCGCCCGGAGCUGUCCCAGCAGCUUGGGGACGCCGCGGGGGGCGCAGAGCCACCGCUGGGCUGUGGGCCCGGCCAGGCACAGGGCCUGGCGCUGCCACAGGCGCCGCGGGCACCGGAGCAGCCGGGCAAGGGGCCGCAGGGCGCCCUGCAGGGCCAGCCUCAGCCCUCCCGGCUGCAGAGCCCUGGGCAGCACAAAGCGGGGCCGCCACCGGGCACGGUGCCCACGGGUCUCCUGGGGCAGGUGCCAGGGCCCAUGAUGGGCCAGAUCCGGGCGCAGCUGCAGGGGGUCCUGGCCAAGAACCCGCAGCUGCGGCACCUGACGCCGCAGCAGCAGCAGCAGCUGCAGGCGCUCCUGGUGCAGCGGCACCAGCAGAACCUGCUGCAGCAGAGCCAGGCGCUGCGGCCCCCCGGCCCCUUCCCCGGGCAGGCCCCGGACUACGGCACCCCUGCCCGCCAGCCCCCUCGCCCCCUGGCACCCCCCUUCCAGCCCCGGCCGGGCGCCCCGGCCGAGCCCCAGCCCGGCUUUGGCACGGAGCAGGGCCGGGCGCUGCCCGGGCAGCCCCCCCAGCAGCAGCCCCUGGCCGAGCUGGUGCAGACAGCCCUGGCUGCCCGCGGCCCCCAGCCCGGCCUCGUCCGGCUCCCCACGCCGCCAGCCCCCUCGCCCCUGGGCUGUGCCCCCCAACACCUGGCUAGCCCUGAGCAGAGCCCCCAAGAGCCAAAGAAGACGUCACCGGGGGUGCCAGCCUCAGCGCCCAGCCCCCUGGCACCCACGGAGCAGGGGCUGCCGCCCACGCCCAGCAGCACCCUCCCUGAGCCGGCACACGGCCCCUGGGACCCCGGAGCGCCCAGCACAGACUCGGCCGGCCCCAGCGAGAGCCACAUCAAUGGCGCUGCAGGGGAGGGGGUCCCCGCGGCAGGGGAAGCCCCCCAGGUGCUGGUGAAGCAGGAGCCGAAGGAGGAGGGCGCGGCGGCGGCGGUGCCACCCUGCGAGCCGGGCGGAGACGAGGCCACGAAACCGGAGGCCAACGGAGGCCCUGGGGCUGGCACGGCCAACAGCCUGCUGGCACCGGGCGGCCGCUCCGAGGCCGGGCACCUCCUGCUGCAGAAGCUGCUGAGGGCCAAGAACGUGCAGCUGUCGGCGCAGAGCCCGGGCGAGCUCAACGGGCACGCGGAGAGCCGCGGCACCGGCAGCGAGCCGCGGGCACAGCCGGGCCGGGAGGACCCCUCCAUCGCCAGGAGGCCGGCGCCCACCAAGCCCAAGCGGGUGCAGAAGGGCGCGGAGCGGGUGCCAGCCUCCCGCAAGAAGCUGCGGAAGGACGAAGGGCUGCGGCCCGGCGAGGCCCUGGUGAAGCAGCUGAAGCAGGAGCUGUCGCUGCUGCCCCUGACGGAGCCAACCAUCACUGCCAACUUCAGCCUCUUCGCCCCCUUCGGCAGCAGCCCCAUCAACGGCAGGAGCCAGCUGCGGGGCACCUUUGGCAGUGCCAUGCUCGACAGCGUCCCCGACUACUACUCCCAGCUGCUCACCAAGAACAACCUCAGCAACCCCCCCACGCCGCCCUCCUCGCUGCCCCCCACGCCGCCGCCCUCCGUGCAGCAGAAGAUGGUGAACGGCGUCACGGCCCCCGAGGAGCUGGGGGAGCAGCCCAAGGACACCGACCCGGCCCGGGAGCCACACGGCCAGAAGGACACAGCAGCUGUAGAGGUGAAGAGCCUGGACCUGCUGGCAGCCCUCCCCACCCCUCCCCACAACCAGACCGAGGAUGUCAGGAUGGAGAGCGAUGAUGAGAGCGACUCCCCUGACAGCAUCGUCCCUGCCUCGUCCCCCGAGAGCGUCCUGGGCGAGGAGCUGCUGCGCUUCCCCCUGCUCAGCGAGGCCAAGCCGGAGCUGGAGGAGAGAGUCCUCUCCCCUAUCAUCCCAAUCAUCCCCAGGGCCAGCAUCCCAGUGUUCCCUGACACGAAGCCCUACGAGGCCGUGGAGCCCUUUGGGGGGCCCCCUGGCAAGGUGGGGGCAGCAGGCCCAGGAGCCCCCUGGGAGAAGGGCAAGAGCAGCGAGGUCUCCGUCAUGCUGACCGUGUCCGCGGCGGCAGCCAAGAACCUCAACGGGGUGAUGGUGGCCAUGGCUGAGCUGCUGAGUGUGAAGAUCCCCAGCUCCUACGAGGUGCUGUUCCCGGACGGCGCCAUGCGGGCGGCCGUGGUGGAGGCCAAGAAGGUGGAGACGGACGUGGCCGGGAUGCUUGGUGGGAAGGAGAAGGCCGGGAAGGUGUCCGACAGCAGCUCGGAGUGGCUGAAGCAGUUCGACGCGGUGCUGCCGGGCUACAGCCUCAAGGGAGAGCUGGACCUCCUCACCCUGCUCCGCCAGGAGAGCCCUGCCCCAGAGAAGAGCCUGCACCACUGCUACGUCAACAACGUCUCCAACCUGGACGUCCGGCAGCUCUCCGUCCCGCCCCAGGAGCCCUCCCCUCCGCUCUCCCCCUCCGUCCCCUCCCCAUCCAGCCCCACCGAGGCCGCCAGGGUCCCCGACCCCGAGGCCGCUCACGAAGCGACCCCGGCCCCUUCCUCCCCGCUCCCGCCGGCCCCUUCUCCGGCCCCCCAGGAGGAGGGGGCCGCGGCGCCCCCCUCGCCUCCCCGCUUCAAGCCGCGGUCGCGGCCGCCGGAGGACGGGGAGGAGGCCAGGCCGCGGCUGAAGAAGUGGAAGGGGGUGAGGUGGAAACGGCUGCGGUUCCUGGUGACCAUCCAGAAGGGAGGAGCCAAGCGGGACGGGGACAAGGAGAUCGCGGAGUUCAUCGACCGGCUGGGCACCACCCUGCGGCCCGAGAAGGUGCCGCGGGACCUGCGCAAGUGCUGCUUCUGCCACGAGGAGGGCGACGGCGCCACCGACGGCCCCGCCCGGCUGCUCAACCUCGACCUGGACCUCUGGGUCCACCUGAACUGCGCCCUGUGGUCCACGGAGGUGUACGAGACGCAAGGGGGGGCCCUGAUCAACGUGGAGGUGGCCCUGCACCGGGGGCUGCUGACCAAGUGCUGCCUGUGCCAGAAGACCGGCGCCACCAACAGCUGCAACCGCAUCCGCUGCCCCAGCGUCUACCACUUCGCCUGCGCCAUCCGCGCCAAGUGCAUGUUCUUCAAGGACAAGACCAUGCUGUGCCCCCUGCACAAGCUGAAGGGGCCCUGCGAGCAGGAGCUGAGCAGCUUCACCGUCUUCCGCCGCGUCUACAUCGAGCGCGACGAGGUGAAGCAGAUCGCCAGCAUCAUCCAGCGCGGCGAGCGGCUCCACAUGUUCCGCGUCGGGGGCCUGGUCUUCCACGCCAUCGGGCAGCUGCUGCCCCACCAGAUGGCCGACUUCCACAGCGUCACCGCCCUCUACCCGGUGGGCUACGAGGCCACCCGCAUCUACUGGAGCCUGCGGACCAACAACCGGCGCUGCUGCUACCGCUGCACCAUCUGCGACAACAACGGGCGCCCCGAGUUCGUCGUGCAGGUCAUCGAGCAGGGCCUGGAGGACUUGGUCUUCUCCGACUCCUCGCCCCAAGCCGUCUGGAACAGGAUCAUCGAGCCGGUGGCGAUGAUGAGGAAGGAGGCCGACAUGCUGCGGCUCUUCCCGGAGUACCUGAAGGGCGAAGAGCUCUUCGGCCUCACGGUGCACGCGGUGCUGCGCAUCGCCGAGUCGCUGCCCGGCGUGGAGAGCUGCCAGAACUACCUAUUCCGCUACGGGCGGCACCCCCUGAUGGAGCUGCCCCUGAUGAUCAACCCCAGCGGCUGCGCCCGCGCCGAGCCCAAGAUCCUCACCCACUACAAGCGGCCCCACACCCUGAACAGCACCAGCAUGUCCAAGGCCUACCAGAGCACCUUCACGGGGGAGACCAACACCCCCUACAGCAAGCAGUUCGUGCACUCCAAGUCGUCGCAGUACCGGCGGCUGCGCACCGAGUGGAAGAACAACGUGUACCUGGCACGCUCCCGCAUCCAGGGGCUGGGGCUCUACGCCGCCAAGGACAUCGAGAAGCACACCAUGGUCAUCGAGUACAUCGGCACCAUCAUCCGCAACGAGGUGGCCAACCGCCGCGAGAAGGUCUACGAGGAGCAGAACCGUGGCAUCUACAUGUUCCGCAUCAACAACGAGCACGUCAUCGACGCCACCCUGACUGGGGGCCCGGCCAGGUACAUCAACCACUCGUGUGCCCCGAACUGCGUGGCCGAGGUGGUGACCUUUGACAAGGAGGACAAAAUCAUCAUCAUCUCCAGCAGGAGAAUCCCCAAGGGGGAGGAGCUCACCUACGACUACCAGUUCGACUUCGAGGACGACCAGCACAAGAUCCCCUGCCACUGCGGAGCCUGGAACUGCCGGAAGUGGAUGAACUGAGCGAGGGGCAGGGGGAUGGAGCCCCCCGCCCCACCCCGAACC